GUUUGCAUAGCCAUAGGUCGAUGCGCGCGUCCAAAAAAAGCACCCGAGCGUUUGAAGCCUCCGAAAACCCUCACACCAUUGUCAGAAACGAAGAAACACUUGUUGGGAGUGGAAGCAGUCCAUCUCGAAUUUGAAUGGCAGCGUCCUUCUCCUUCAACCCUUCUUCCAACUCUUCCUCAUCAUCCUCCCAGUCUCCGGGAUUCUCUUUCUCUCUUUCCUCUAGCUCUUUAGCAUCUUCAUCUUCCCCGUUCUCCUUCUCUUCUGCCGCCUCUUCUACCUUUUCAUCCUCCGCUACCGCUACCGCUGCCUCCGCCAACCAGACCCCAUCCUUCUCCUUCGGCUCCGCCGUCACCUCGGCUUCGCAGUCCAACCCGUUCGAUUCCUCGUUUUCCUCCGCUGCAUUCUCCUUCAACUCAUCGUCAUCCGUCUUUAGCUCCUCAUCAAACCCUAACUUAUCUAUGGCGGCUACUAGCAGCUUGCUCGCCGUAUCAUCUGCAUCCAAACCCUUCUCAUACUCCUUCAGCUCGACCUCCACUCCUGCUUCGGCCGCAGUAACUACCUCCUCUUCCUCCCCCACAUCUUACUUCAGCUUUUCUUCCGGUCCAGCCUCGUCAUUCUCCUUCAAUAGUUCCUCGUCGACUACGCUUUCUUCCUUUCCUACCCUUGUAUCUGACUUCUCUUCAAACAUGUCAUCCGCCAAUGUUGCAGCAGCUCCUGCAACUUCUUCCAUCACAAAUCCUAACAUUGGAGGUGGCUCAUCGCCGCCCCUCUUCGGAUUUGGGGCAUCCACCGCUUCCGCUACUUUGCCUGCCUUAGGGGUGUCGUCCUCUGCUUCUGCCCAGUCAUUCCCAGUGUCGCCUUUGUUCGCUGCGGCUAGUUCCACAGCGGCUUCUCUUCUCACCUCAAGCUCGGGAGCAACCAAUCCUUUUGGCAGCGCGGCUUUAUCAUCAACAGCGACCACCCCAUUCUUUCCUUCCAUCAUUCAAUCUUCCUCUGCCAUUUCAUCAAGCACAACCACGGGAACUCUCUUCCCCAAUCAGUUACCGUCAUCUUCAACAUCUUCAUUCUCAUUUGGAAGUGCUCUGUCCUCGUCCAGCUCAUCUAGUUCUGCUCCAUCUACCCAAACUGUCUUGUCAUCAACUGCCACUAAUACGACCUCUUCCUCUGCUCUAAAUUUGCAACCUGCUGUUUCUUUUGGGAGUUCUGCUUCCCAGCCCUCUUUUGGCUUCGGUAUCAUUGCUCCCACAGCUAAUUCAGCCGACUCUUCGGUUCCUCUCUUCUCCAGCGCCGCGGCUGCAAAGUCUUUCUCAUUACCCUUUGGUUCUUCUUCCUUUUCAGCAGCAUUGGCAACUUCAACAGGUGCUACUUCCAAUGUUAUUGCAUUUGCAACUGCUUCAGCUACUCCUGCUUCCUCCACUUUGUUUUCUACUCAAUCUUCUGCUUCUGUUGCAUCUACUCCAUCUAUUCCUCCUUUGGGAGCUUCCGCCUCUUCUGCAAUGCAGUCAGCUGCUACAGCAGCAGCAGCAGCAGCUGUAAGUUCGGCGACUGCAUCCACAAGUUCUUUGCCAAGCUUGAGCUUGUCAUCAAGUUCUGCUGUUUCAACCACUUCAUCAGCAUCAACAGCGUUUCCAUUACAGCCCUCAUCAGCUCUUGCUUUUGGUUCUACGUCAGCAGCUGUAAAUAUAUUUGGAUCCAGUUCUGCUACAACACAAGCAUCGUCUCCAGCUACUGCUAUUGUUGGCUCAGUAUAUUCUACUUCAGGUAGUUUGGCUAUAUCUCAGGCGCCAAAGUUACCCUCCGAAAUUGCUGGAAAGACUGUUGAGGAG